AUGUCAAAAUAUGGUGAGAGUCCCGAUGCCCAUAGCAGCAACGGAGUAAAUAAGAAUAGCCCGACAGAUAAACCUAGGAAGAAAAAGAGAACGUUAGGCAGCUUUCCCUGUCCAGAUUGUGAUAAGGUAUUCACAAGAUCGGAUCAUCUAGCAAGACAUCAUUUGAAUCAUGAACCAAAAGAGCUAUUUGAAUGCGAAGCUAUUAUCGAAGAUUACGGAGGAAACAAGAGGAAAUGUGGGAAGACGUUUGUUCGUAAGGACUUGAAAGAACGCCACGCUAAAAGGCACCUCGAAAUAGCGAAUAAAAACUAUACAAAAAGUGUCAGAUCUAGUUUUUCUAACCCAUCUAAAAGCAGUAUCUCGCCUCAGGCCUCACCUGGAGAUUCACCCAUCAUACUUCCUAACUACCAGACACAAUCACCCUUGCAAAUAUCUAAUUUAAUCCAUGGCGUAAAUCAUGCAGAACAUGCACAUAAUGGAACGUCACAUUUACCGCCUGUCAAUAGCUCAUUAAGCAAUACAAUAGGCAAUCAGGUUCCCAUAAAUGCAAUUAAAGAUGCAAGAUUCCAACAACAAGAACCCAGAAAUUUUAAUGGAAGGGCACCGUAUAGCCAUCCUCAGAACAAUGCGAUGGCUUCUCAUGUGCAAGAUAUGUACGCCGAUCAGUAUAAAGUACCUAAUUUUGGUAAUAAUGUACCUCAGUCGCAAAGUGAUAUUUUAUCGUGGUUGUUUACUGAGUCGCCCGAAAAUAUGAUCGUUACACCAGGAUCAGAAAAUAUGAAGCGGGAAAACUUGAAAGGUAUCAACCAAAUAGUUGACCCAAGUCCGAAUAAUAUUCAUUCUCAAGUUCAACUUAACUCAGGCGCGGUAUUUGAUAAUACUGUGAAGGGCCCUAUUCCCUCUCCAUAUAGUGGCUCGCAGUUUUCUCCUAUAGGUGACCACAUACAACAACAGCAUAUUCAACAACAACAGAUAAAUAAUCAACAUAUACAACAUCAAGUACCGCAACCGCAUGUCCCUCAGCAGCAAGUUCCUCAGCAAGAUAACCAGUAUAAGGAAGAAGUAUUGGCUCCAUUUUACCAUAAUGAUUAUCAAAAUCCACAAACCAACAUUCAAUCAAUGAAUAAUUAUGGAAUGCAAGACGUAAAUAUAUUUUCGAACGAUGAUAACCCUCUAGAUGAAGUUUUCUUGAGGAAUUACCAAGCUCAAUCAGUUAAUGGAAGUGAGCCAUUGUUAUCAGGCUUAAAUUAUAAGUUUAAUAUGAGUUCAACAGGAUCCUCUAAUUCGCCUACCACUACUAAUGAAUCCACAUCUCCAGUGUUAUCGAGUGACCUACAGAACAGCCCAAUUUCAGGAGAUCAGAAUAGGAAAUCUACAGUUGCAUCUUUGCAAAAGUUCUUAAUGCCAGACAAAAAUAAUAUUGAAAAGAACAAGCAUAUUUUCAUUGAUUCCCUCCUUGUCGAUAAAUUAAUAAAGUCUUUAUCUACCAUUUCAAGGAAGAUGAUUGAUGAAAUAUUUGAACAGUCAGACACGGGUAAUGAAGAUUAUAGUAUAGAGAAUAGGUUUUCUUAUUAUCUAUCUACAUAUUGGUCUAUUUUUCACCCCCAGUUUACAAUUCUUCAUCGACCAUCUUUUGAUACAAAGACGGCUGAGCCCCUAUUGCUUUUGCCCAUGAUUAUUGUUGGCUGUAAUUAUUGUUCGUCAUCUGAUAAGUCAAACGAUAAACAACAAAGAAGAAAGAAGUCACCCGAGUUUAAGUUUUGCCUUAGCAUUGCUACUCCUUUGAGAUUCAUGAUUUUUCAACAUGAAGAUUUUAAAUCACCUGUCAAGUUAUGGAUUUUGCAAAGUUUGAAUAUAUUAGAGUGGUGUGAAAAGAACUUUCUUCUGAGAAGAUUACACGAGAGAGGGCAUAUACAUCAUGGAACCACCGUUCAGCUAUUGCGAAGAUCGCCUUUGUUGGGUGGGAAUCCAGCAACCACCACUAAGAAAACAAAUCUGACAAGCGGUUCCAACACAAGCGCGGACGAAUCUGAUACACCAAAUGAUAUGUCAGUAGAUAAUAAUGACACUAGGGAUUAUGAUUUAUUUGUGAAAUGGGUAGAAUCCGAAUCAAUGAAAAGAAUUACAUUUAUGACAUUCUAUUUGGACAUUAUUGAUUACAUUAAGUUCCGCCAUAACCCUCAAAUUAUGUUCUAUCAAUUACAACUUCUAAAUUUACCAUGUGAUGAUGAUCAUCUUUGGGAAUCCACAGAAGUGAAUGGGUCCUUUAGAAAAAUUGUAAAGAGACAAAAGAAGUUACAGAAACCAAACCAAGACCGACAAAAUGGAGAUUUAAUGAAGAAAAGAAAAGAUAUGGAUCACAAUAACUCUCUAAAGAUAAGGAAUGGGGAAAGUUUUUUAAAUGUCCUUAAGAAAUUGUUGAAGCCAUAUAAAACGCUAUCUAGCCAAGAAACUAAAGCUGAAUUCAAAUUAUCGCUCUUCACAAGAAAGAUUCUAUUUGCUGGGUUAUUUUCGAUCAUGUAUCAAAUGCAACAAACUGACUUACAAAAUAGCUCGUCUUUGCUACCUAAUAUGAAUGGAAAUAAUAAAUCCCAAGGAUUUGUAUUAUGGAAAGAGGUGUUGUCCAAGGCUUUCGAUAAUUGGCAUCUUGAAAUCAAUGGCAACUGUUGUUCAGAAGUCUUCAAGACUCCUUCAAGUACCAUGGACUGUAUUAUUAAAUCACAAUGCCAAUUUCCAAUGUAUCAUUUAACUCAGAUAAUAGGCAUGGCUGAUAUCAAUCAUUACGAUAUAGCAAUAUUUGGUGGAUCUCCUGCAAAUAUGAGUGUAAGUGCUACAAUGAAAGAUCAUGCCAUUGUUCAAAAUAAACUCAAUAGUAUUUGGUUAAAGAAUCCACAAACCAAGAGAUCAACUAAUGAUCUAGUAAACUUAAAGAGUAUUAUUCAUUGCUACUUGUUAUUGUGGGAAUUGAUGCUAAAACCAUUGAGCCUGCAUGAGAAAACUUCGAACGUUGAAUUCAUAGAUUGGAACGUUGAUGACGAUUAUUUUGAUGGCAUGUAUGCAGUGGGUAUUGCAACAUUGGUAUUAUGGAGUUUUGCAUUUUCAACCUGUGGAUUAGAAUCCCAAAGGUUUAUUGAAUUAGAUGAUUUGAAAAAGGUUUCAAGUGAAAGAUACGAAGAUUUAGUAGAAUUGAGUGCGGAAGGAUGUUACGAAUAUUUGCAACGGAUUAGACAAGAAUUUUUGACAAAUUUGAGAAAGGAUAAUCUACAUCACGAAUAUAGCAUUCAUCCAUUUAAACUAAACAACAGAUUGCAUUCUCCGCAUGAAAUAAUUAGCAAAUACUGUGAUCUAUUACCAUUUAUAAGUAAUAAGCAAAAUAUUAGUGGAUUGUGCUUUUUAGUUGGCACGAAAUUGUUGAGUAGUCAGUGGGAUAUAAUUAGGGAAAACGGAAAAUUGAUUUUAAAUUGUGGGUUCAGAUCUCUUGGGAAAAAGAAUAUCCUUUGUUUAGACCUAUUUGACGAAUUAUCUGAUUGA